GCCAUUUAUGGAUUUUUGCAUCAUUAGUAGCUGGGCGACUGUCAACGGUAUUACACCAGCUUCAAACCUUGAACGCAUACGUACAGUUUGAUGGGCGAUAAUACACUGGGAUAAGACUAAUUUUAACUCAGGCUCUCCUGAAUUGAGAUCUCAUUUGAAUCUCUAUGCACAAAGUUUACCAUUGAGACGAAACUCACAGAAAUGGCUGACGUAGAAGGUGGACAUGUGAACAGAGAAACCUCGCCUCCAUCUUAUGAAAGUACAGGACCUAUAGGAGAUGAGGCUCCACCAUCUUACGAAUCACUAUUUGGGAAAAUAAAGAAGACUAAAGAUGAAUCCGAAGGAACGGUCGACUUUACCCAGAAUGCUUGCAAACUGUGCUGUUCUGUCAUUUGCGGAUCAAUUGUCGGUCUUGUUAUCCUGGGCUUGUCCACAGCGCUUCCCAUAGCUAUGAUCGUUAUUGGUUCCAUGUAUCUUCACGAUUGUCCAGUGGAGAGAUACAUCCCGAUUUACCUUGUAGUCGGUGGGUCAUUUGGCUUGUUCUACUUCUUUAUAAGCCUCUGCAAUCGCGCCAAAUCCAAGAGAGAUGGAGAGGAGAGUGAUGACAGUCCGGCGCCAUGUCUAUCCACAAUUCUCUGUCUGGUAUCUUGCUUCACUACGGCCUGGUUCAUUGCAGGAAAUGUUUGGGUGUAUAGGACAUACAGCAUAUGGAGUGCAGAUCCAGUGUCCAAAAACUACUGCAAUCAGACGCUCUACCUGUUCGCCUUCUGGCAGCUGACCGCCUGUUACAUCAUGUUAGCUAUAGGACUCGUUCUCGUGGUCUGCUGUGGCUGCCUGUUAUUCUGUUUGAGCGAAAAAAAAUAAAUACACAAGCACACAGGGAACCACUUCAUGCCUAAUCAACAAAUGAACAGUUGCUUGUGUUUCCCAAUAUUAAAGACUGAUUUACACCUGCAGUGUGUGUACUAGACUGUUUUUAUAAGUUGCUGUUAUAUAACUAACGCUUUUAACGCUCGCUACUUAGACGUCGGGAUUCUCUCUCUGGGCUUUCUAUCUUCCGUCUCAUUGUUUUGUUGUAGGUUACUACUCAGUUUUGUUACCUGAAACAAAUUUUUUGUCUUUAAAUGUUAUGCUAGUUUGUUGCAAAAGUUAAACACAUUAAUGACACCUUGGAUAUAUAAUGGUGACAAAAUAUGCUGAAAGCAUUUUAAAAUUCCACCAUUUUUUCCAGAAUGUGAAUCUGAACCUUUUUGGCCUUCAUGGAUAAGACACGGGUUUCAUGGAUAUGACGUGUUAUUCAUGGAUAUGAUGCGUCUUUCAAUAGUACUGUAUGUUAAGUGGAUUUUGGUAUUGGUUCUCUAGUAUACACAAAAGAGUUAUAAAUAUGACAAAUUGUUAUUUACAUAUGUACAUGUUCAAACAAUUGUUCAUGUUUAUUUAUUGCGCUCAAGUUGUACCUCAAAAAGUACUCCAUUUCUUGAACUCAAGUUGUACCUCAAAAAGUACUUAAUGUAUUGGGCUCAAGUUGUCCACUCUUGUAAAGCGCAAUGUCAAGAGGUGAAAAAGUGUAUCGUUGAUGUUAUGCAUGCGUGUAAAUUGUCGUAAAUUAUGGAUUUAAUGACUUGUUGUCUUUUGUGUACUGGAGUCAAGGUAAAUGUUCAAGUGUUAUGUUAAAUAAUCAGUGCGUGAAGUGAGUUCAGUUUUUGCAUACGUUUAAACAAUAAUAACACGAGGAAUGUUCCGUCCUUGAUGGUCUCCUGGCCCGCU